UGUGCCAACACGAAAGUGUAAUUUUUCUCUCUGCCCGACGCCUGUGGCCAUUUGGAUUCAGACGAUCGGCCAAAUUCGAAUAACGAUUGGGGGCAGAUGCUGGCCGUUGGGCCGUGCGCCCUCGACGCCGUGCGGCGGCGGGUCCGCAAAGUGUCCCAUGAAUAGGGCAUCCUCGACCCGCGCCUGGCGCUCCAGGCGGACGAGACCGAGUUCGAUGGAACACCCGAGCAGGUGUCGGCAGCCGCGAACCUCAGCGCAGAGGAAGCGCGGCGGCCGUUGAGGGAGUUCGUGGACCAGGCAGUGGCCCCAGGAGCUGGUGCAAAAUCAGUUGGGGGGCGCUCCAUGGUUGCCCAGGGUGGGCCAUGUUGGAGGACGCCGUGGCGAAGCUCACUGCGCUGACCAGCCGAGGAGCGUCCGGGGCUCCGCCGCUGCCGGGGGCCCGCGCGAUGGCGGGGGCCCGCUUCGCGCGGAGGUGCCGCGCGGCAGCGGAGGACGGCCGUCGCGGGCUGGAGGCGCAAGAGUGGGUUCAGUGGAAGCCGCGCCUGAUCAUGCUGCUCGAAGAGAUGGGAGCGCCCUCGCUGGAGACGGCGCGGACCUGCACGGACCCGGAGCGGGCAAAGAACGGCGGCACCACGGGCCGCACGCGCAUCAACACGGUGAGGUCGCACGCGCGGGCCGUGGAGACGGCGCGCAGGUGGCUCUUGCGCGCGCACGGUGCCCCGUGGCCCGUGACGAUCGCACAUUACAUCGACUACGUGCACGCCAAGGCCGCCGAGCCGCGCGGGCAGGCAGUGCCCAAACAGGCCUUGCGCGCCAUGGUGUGGACGGAGCGCGGGGCGGGCGUGGACCAGAACGACAGACUCCUCGCUCGGCCCGAGGCCUAACAGGUCGCCGCGCACGCGAAGAUGUUCCUCGGCGGUGGCUCGCCCCCACCCCACCACCACACCACAUCCAAAAAUAUUACCAGUGAGUGGCUCGUGCAUUGUGUCCGACGUCUUGGCGACCUCCGCGAGCAAUUCAGUGCGAAGAGCCUCGAUCUGCGACUGAAGGUCAAACUGCUCCACAUCUGAAUCAACUGCCGCGCCUGCUGCUGCUUGACGUUUACUAGCCGGCCGCUCUGCGGUUGAUCGGGAGUUUCUGCAUUGAGAAGAACGGGCGCGCGCUGGAAAAUGAC